UUCUGGCACUUUUGUCAGUCGGCUGCAAGAGAUGGCGGCGCUCAGGAUACUGUUGGCGGUAGCAGCGCUGGGAGCGCACGCCCACUCUGCCACGCUGACGACGCGGCAGCAAGAUGUCACUCUCUCACUGGAGCCCCAACUCACUGGAGGAUUUUCCUUGACGAUCAUCAAGGACGAUGAGACCAUCUUCCAAGCGUCCAUCGGCCGCACCCUCAUGUCCACCUACGUUUCAUCCAAGGAGGUAGAAGGUGGAAUGCAGCUGUCGUUACCAGGGGCUGAGCUGUCAGUCCACACCGUAGUUGAUGAGGCAGCGGGAGCUAGAGGAGUCAAGAUUGUUUGGGAUGCUAAUGAGCAGACUAGGCUGGAAGAUUGCUUUGAUUUCGCAACCAAACACUGGUACGGUGGCCCAAUGCAGCUCAUCCAAACAUACCCGAUAGAGAAGUCCACCCAAGUCUACGCUCCCUACUACACUAAGGAAAGAGACAACGGAGCUAUCAUGGAAAGAUACUGGCUCAACUCCGCCGGAGAAUACAUCUACGUCCACCCUCAAGUACCUCUAUUCAUCGACUACAAUAAUAUUACUAGUAACCACAUGUGUUUUGGAGCACAAAUCGCUGCACCGUACUCGACCAAGAGGAACCAUACUGAGCUCUCAUACGAUCUCUGGUUCCUUUCUGAUGUCAAGGCAGCUCAUAAGCAUGCGUUGAAAAACUAUUUAGGCUGGCCAUCCGGCGCGCCGGAUUUCAGAAUGAUUCAGCAUCCUAUCUGGUCAACAUGGGCUCAGUUCUCAAGAGACAUAGAUGAGACUAAUCUUAUGGAGUACGCGGAAGAGAUAAAGGAGCGUGGUUUUGCCAAUGCGCAGCUGGAGAUCGACGAUCUUUGGGAGAUCUGCUACGGGUCUUUGACAGUGGACGUGAAGAAAUUCAGUGAUAUGAGAAAAUUUGUGCAGGAUAUUAAGGCGAUGGGAUACCGCGCUACUAUUUGGAUACAUCCCUUCAUUAAUCAGAAUUGUGAGCCGUGGUAUUCUAAUGCUUUGGCUGCGGGCUAUCUGGUUUUGAACGAAGACGGCAGUCCGGAUACCUCCUGGUGGAACAACAACGGUUCGGUGGCUGCUUACAUCGACUUUACCAACCCAACCGCAGCCGAAUGGUGGUAUCAACGUGUCAAGUUGAUUGUGGAUACCUAUGAUAUCGAUAGCUUGAAGUUCGACGCUGGAGAAGCUAGCUGGUCUCCUGAGGUAGCAGUCCAAACCGGCGACGUGGACCUCCACCCGCACCACAUCACGCAGGCUUACGUGAAGACCUGCGCGCGAUUCGGAAACAUGAUCGAAGUACGCACGGGCUUCCAAACCCAGACGCUCCCGAACUUCGUGCGCAUGGUGGACCGAGAUUCCAUCUGGGGCCUCACCAACGGCCUCUCCACCGUCAUCACGACGACGUUCCAAAUGAACUUGAACGGCUACACAAUGGUGCUGCCUGACAUGAUUGGUGGCAAUGGGUACAACUUGGGAAACCCUGGCUCUGGUCUGCCAACGAAGCAGCUGUUCAUCCGGUGGGUGCAGGCCAACACUUUCCUGCCAGCCAUGCAGUUCUCCUUCGUACCCUGGGGCUUCGAUAAUGAGACAUCGGAAAUAAGUUUGAAGUACACGAAACUUCACGCCGAGUACGCCACGCACAUCCAAGCCGCCAUGAACGCUUCAGUUAUAGACGGACGUCCCGUCAACGGCCCGCUGUGGUGGAUAGCGCCCAAUGACGCCCAAGCGCUCACUAUCUGGGACCAAUACCUCCUAGGAGAAGACAUCAUAGUCGCACCGAUCCUCGUGGAAAACGCGACGUCUCGAGACAUCUACCUUCCCGAAGGCGAAUGGCUAGAAAAGGGAGACGAAAGCAUAGUGCACAUUGGGCCUGGUUGGAUCAGGGGUCAUAGUGUACCUAUAGAUGAUCUAGCGUUCUUUGUACGCAAAACUGACCCGGACGCAGCAAGCCAUAGCCAAGUUUCGGCUAUUUUGCUAGCUGUUGUUUUGAUCCUUGGAAUGUUGUACCAUUGAUCAUCAUAAAUUAUUAAAAAAUUGUAUAUAAAUGCUAUUUGGUGAUUCUUUUGUAAAUAGUUAUAUUUAUUGUUAAAGUUAAGAAAUAAAAUGAUUUGUGGAUU